CGACGACUCUGGCACCGUUUUCAGCGCCAGCGCCUGCAUGCACUGCACUGCAUGUGUGAGGUUUUGAGAUGGAGGUCGGUGAAAUGUCAACAAAAGGCAACCCGUUGUCUCUCUGAGAAUGAGAUGGCCGUCUUCUACACGAAUACCUGCAAGUUCAGCGGAUGUAGUUUGACAUUUUCAUCACUUGGUCAGCUCAUUGAGCACAUCGAAGAAACGCACAUAGAUUCUGAUCCUCAGUUUAUUGAAGAGCAAGAGGGGCAGCAGCCAUCGGCUGUAGCUCUGAGCUAUGUCAUCAAAUUUGUGACCGAUGCAGCAAAGCACCACCAUGAGACAACGCCAGUUGUCAAGAAACGUCCCAAGCCAAGUUUACCCAGCGUAGCCACAAUGAGAAGCAUAACUCCAAGUACAGGUGUUCCUCUUCUCUCAACAGGGAGCGAGUAUGAUGAGUUGGAGGAAUUCGGCUCCGAGUCCGAUAGUGACAACUCGUGGACAACAACUCAAGAGGAAUACAACCCGGAUGUCAUCCUGCGUACAAUGAACCCACAGAUUGGGGAUGACAAACCCUACCAGUGCCCUGUCCCUGGAUGCAAGAAGCGCUAUAAGAAUGUGAAUGGGAUCAAGUAUCAUGCUAAAAAUGGCCACCGUAAAGAAAAUAAGGUGAAGAAAAGCUACAAAUGUCGCUGCGGCAAAAGCUACAAGUCACAGCAGGGACUUAGGCAACACAUCAAUAUUCAACACCCCCCUACAACCCUGACACCUAGUGCAUCGCCCAAAUCCCAAUCAACGACCACAUCUACACAAGCACUUGCAGCCAACCAGCUUGGCUUGACACUUCAGAGUACCAGUUUGCUGGUGGAGCCCACCAAAAGCAGCACCAAUGUGGAACCAAGUGCCCCUCUGACUCCAUUAACCCCAACAACACCCUCUACAGGCUUCACACUAGUCACUCUACCAUCGCAUCUGGAUGCCGCUUUGCUUGCCACGCACAAGCUGGAAGGAACCGUAGUGUCAGUGCAGCAGAUUCAACCUGAUGGCAGCACAGUUUCCAUCAUGAACUAGGCGCAAAGUAAGCACAGAGUGUAGUCUUUACUGGCAGUCAGUAUUGAAAAGACCUCAAAAGUUGAGCUAGGGGUGGUUAAACCAGACAAUUUUUUUCACUUACAGUGUCAAAAUAGCAAUACUUCAUGGUGUGGUGUCAUAAAUAAACUUUCAUGCAUUUCUUCACAUACUGUGUGAAAAUACUCGGGUCUUGUCAGGCCUCGAUUUGCAGCAAGCUGAGACAUGGAGCUACUUCAGAUUUAUGCAGUAUUUCUUGGCUGUUUUUACAAAAGUGCUAAAUUAGUUGAGAUAAGGCAUGGGUAAAGUUCAUGAAAGCCAAUUUUUAAGAUGUACAUGUAUCAUAAUCAUAAAGUGAAGCCUCUAGUGGUUCCAUAUUUGCAAGCCCUUAUUGGUACGCUUUUUGUUGCUGUUUCGGUUCCUUUACAUUUAUUGUGAUGGAUUUAAGUACCCCUGGAUUUGGCAGUGGGUACAAGGGAAAAUAUGUCUCAAAUAGUAUUACAGAUUAUGUGUGUUAAACGUCAUUGAACAGGCUAUUGGGUCUCGUGCAGUAAUAUAAGAUAAACUAUUUAUUAUUGGAGCAACUUUUUUGUAGUAAAACUUUAAGGAGACGUAGUAUCUAUUUGCCAUAUUUUGCCAAUUUUGGUGACAAGGAAAAUGUUCAGUCGUGGUACGGAUACUUUGAUGAAGUGCAUUAUUUGGCAGCUGAUGGUGAACAUAAUAUUUAACAUCUUAUAAUAUCUGUUAACACGUGUUAAACAUCUCAAGGAAUCACCACAUGUACAUUUUGUACUAUCGACAAGUCACAGUGCAGCACAAUUUCAUCUAAAAUAGUGUUUGUUGUUUGGAUUGCUUAAAUUAAUUUCACUUUAAAUAUUGAUAUAUAUUAUACAAAAUGAGUUGUAUAAAAUUUAAUGACAUAACUUUUUGUAUUAUACACAUGUAUUUUGCUUGCUUAUUGACAUUAAAGGUUAAAUACGUAUUUGUUGCCAUAGUUUUGGAAAGUCUAUUAAGUGUAUGGAAAGAGAUUGUGUGUAGAGAUAUGGGCAGGGAAAUUUGCGUGAAAGGGCCUCGAAAUAAUGUGAUAAUCUUUCUCAGGAAUCAAAAUUAGAUCUAGAAUCAGCCAGUCAAUUGUUGGGAAAGUCUAGCGAUUAUACAAUAGUGUAAUUUAUUGGGUAUAGGACUUCAGAUUUAGUAUUUGUAUAAUGCUACAUGUACAUACAAAUGUUGUAUUCUGUCAACUAUAGGACCAACUUGGAGGUAAACUAGCUACCAUAUUUAGGUAUCAAUAAUGUUUAAAAGGUGAUUACAUUCACAUUAUUGCAGGUCAUAUAUGUGAUUUUUUUCUUGUGCUCAUCUCAGAAUAAUCUGCAUGUGUGUCCUACGUUGUAAUGGCUUAAUGCUUUAUAGAGCGAUAAUGACUUCAAAUGAUUUAAAGUACUUGUGCAAUGGACUUCUUUAAAACAUAAAGCAAUACAGGUUGCAAGUUUUGUUAUAGUGUAUGAUCAUUGCACUGUAGGGUUUGUCCAAAAUACUUAACCAAAAGAAACUGAUCCAAAACUUUGAUUGAAGAUUCAGUAUUUAAAAAAAAACUUACAAAAAGAAAGUAAGUGGUGGCAGUAAAAUGAAAUGGUGCACUGGACAAGUAGGACCAUUACUUGCCUACCAGCCAUGAGCCCCAUAGUGUUGUUACCAUUUUGCAGAUGGGUAUGGGCAACACAUUGAUUGCUUGCCUUUAAAAAAAUUAAGAUUUCCAACUGAAUUGUCCCAUUUUUUGGGCAUGCCAAUCUGCAAUUUUUGUGAACUGUAUACGGGUUUGCAGUCCAUUGACAAAACAAUUAAAGUGUUGGCCAAAUCAGAAUUCUCCAGUGAUUAUUUUGAAGAUAUAAUACAUGUUUCCAAAAGUAGCCCCAAGUUUUGUGAAAAUAACUCCUUUUUUGUGCAUUUUACACCCUCUUUGCAACUCAUUUAUCUGACCUUAAAUGGUAUUUAAGAUACAUGUAAUUUUGUCUUAAAAUAUAGUUAUCAAA